CGAACAAUUCUAUUGCUUCUGGCCGCCUUAUUGCGUCUCGUAUCACACUCUGCCCCGAGUAUCUGCAGCCUUGUUGGUCUCGGCCACACAGUCGUGCAGUUCACAAAGUAUCCGAGACGUUGCCGUAUAGUUUGGCCUGUCAACAUUGCCAGCCAUGAAUCCCUAUCCUCCUCGCUACGAUGACAACUGGGUCUUGAAAGAGCUCAACCGUGCUUCGGACGAGCGGUCUACCACCGCCACGGAAUCCGCCCACGAGGAUAAUCCUUUUGAGGACCCUUCCAUUGCACCCUCUGCGUUUUCCGAAGUUUCGUCCUAUUUCUUGGACCGAGAUACCGAGAUACGCAAACUCCUGAGGUCAGACGCACCGCUCAACUCUGUGCUCCCCGGACCCCAUCCUGCUGAUAUUGCUGGAAUGGUCGACGGCUAUCUCAACCCAGAGCAAUAUCCAACCUCUGCCGAUCUCGACAAUGACGUCUCCAUGGGUGAUGCUCAGGAUGCUGCCGAUAACGUCGAUAACCACUGCCCAAGCACCUGGCCGUCAUCCGAGAUCCCAUUCAGGCCGUCGACCAGUGGCUCCAAUGGCCUACUGGCUCCUCCAUCAUCACAUACAAGACGCUCUGGUGGUCGAAACCGCAACGCGACAUUGAAUUGGAACCCCGGAACGGAACCAGGGCACCGGACACCGGCUGUCGUGCCAGAACAAGAUUAUUUCCUUGUUCCUUCGAUUGCCCCCUCAACAGUUAACCAAAGCUUUGCAUCAGGGUUCAACGAAGACGCCCAAAUGACAGUGGCUCCUGCCAUUCCAAUAAUUAAUGAGCCCCUGCCUUUCACGCUUCCCGAGACGCAGAACAUCCUCGACCUUGAUCCCCAGCCACAUAUGUCUGCCAACCUAGACGAUGACCUGCUGAGUCUGGACACCCAGAGUGUGAAUGGUCACGAGUUGAUAUCCGACGUCUCUAGCAACGCUAGCGUACGGAGUCGGAAAUUGAAAGAUCGAGAGAAGACAAAGCGUGUAAGAAAGAAGGGCGCUUGCUCCGCCUGUCGGAUUCAGAGGAUCGUAUGUGAUAGUGGCGAUGAAUGCGAGCACUGCAGGGACUUCUGCACAGAGAAUCAUUGUCCUUUUGUCCCGUGUAUCAGGAAAAAGCUCAGCGAGAUUCUUGGGGGUGCAUCGGAACGUUGGGCGUCCAAGGAUAUGUGUGGGUGGUACGAAUCGCUUCCUAAAGGGCCCACCAGACCUGGCAGUAGCGACCAUGUGGUCGAGAUCCGUCGUUCGCCCAAUUUCAACCGAGAGUCUUUGGAGGUUACGUGUCGCGAGGUGAUGUUCCAAAGCUCGGAGCCGGUCAGUUGUUACCCCAUAUACCUCCCGAUUACGGACAAAAGCCCUAGUAAUGAGACCAUCUGUGCUUGGAGCGAGCGAGAUAUUCUCCUCGAGCACCGAACGACUUUCGGGGGUCGUAUCGAGCAGUGUCUGGUGUCCUACAAAAGGGUUUUCCACAAGACCUAUGUCUCUAAUGGAAGAUUGUCGUCUCCAGCGCAGAAAGAGGCUGUGCAGUUGCACAGGUUAAUGGAAAACGUGUGCAACAUGACAUGUAUGGUCAAGAUAUGGGCUUACGAGGUGAGGAACAUGUUCUUCACUGGCGGUAUGCCGUUCAGCCAACAACUGCUGCCUGUUCAGCUUCACUUCCACCUGCGGGCCGGGAAAGCCAUAUCGAGCACCGAGCGAGAACUGCUGGGGGGACUCGACGCUUUCCUGGGGCCACCAACCACCCUAAAACAGGAGACCUCGGGUACCCGGUCGGCUUUCACCGUCGCUCUUUGGUUGUCCAUGUGGCAAGUGAUCCUGGUGUAUCAGGAAGUGUUAGGCCAACUAUCGUCUGCUGAUGUAAUGACCGAAAGUGCCGAAAGACGGAGUUUCAAACGCCUGACAGAGGACUUGUUCGAAGGCGUUGUGGUGAUGUACUCGAAUCGGUUUCGUACAUCCGCAAUUGUCAAGAGAGUACUGGACGCCAUGGACGAUCUUGAAGUGUUUGGCAACAGUGAUGUAGCUUUGAGCGCCUUCAAGGAUGCCUGGAAUUCACGAAAUGAUUUCUACAACGAAAUAGAGAGGAAUCCACUCCCGAACAGGCAAGUGACACUGCUUAGGACAUGUGUCAUCGCCCGUGAAGAAGCCAUCUUCAACAAGAGGAAUGGAAUUGAUGCGAUACAAAGACAAAAGUAUGGCCGGCGAUUGUGAAGGAUCAAGAUAUUGCACACCAGAAGCGAAUAAUGGAGCGUGAAAGUGCGCAUAGGGGGAAAUGAUACCUAACAGAUUGUUGCAGAGUGAGAUGGUACUGGCGUUUGGAUGACAAAGGAAAUAUGG